UUGGACGAAAACAACACCGAUUUCGAAUUUCCAAGCGCCGACUUGCAUGUCGAGAAAAGUGUUUGAUAUUUUCUGAUUACGAGAAAGUUUAAGCUAUCAAACUGGAUAAAUCAGUGAUUAAAGUUAUGAAAAUCAAGUUACCCGAUCCAUCGACGCCGAUGGCCGACAUGAGCGCUCGGAUAAGCUGGCCCAUGGUGAGCCAGCCAAUUCUGGACGCCUUUCAGUCACCUCAGACCGUCGUCGUCGGCACUGUAAAGAAGAGGCGAGGGAACCUGCCCAAGAGCUCCGUCAGGAUCCUCAAGAGGUGGCUCUACGACCACCGGUAUAACGCCUACCCCAGCGACACAGAGAAGAUCGCGUUGAGCCAGGAAGCCAAUUUGUCGGUGUUGCAGGUGUGCAACUGGUUCAUCAACGCUCGUCGGCGCAUCCUACCCGACAUGAUCCGCAAGGACGGCCAUGACCCCCAGCAGUACACAAUCUCCCGCCGCGGCCGCAAGCCCGCCGUCCACCACUACCCGCCGCCCCCCACGGUACCACCGCCACCCACCUGGGCCGGAGUCGAGGUGCAGCACGUGGAUGGCGAAGGCUACGGCGGGGGUCUGCUGGUGUACCGCCCGGAGGGGGUGGGGGGCGCGGGGGGCGGG